AUGGCGCAUUCGCGUGCACGCUCGAAGUCCUCCCGGCCUGUUAGGGCAAGUCGCACCAAAGUUCAGACCUAUCAUGAAGAAAGCGAUUCGAAUGACGAUUUGACUGACCGAGAUAACCUUGGCGGGGAAAGGUUGAGACCUUCCUCGGUCUCGCUACGCCCGCGAAAUACAUCGGGAACGCGCCGAUCUUAUCGCGAGGAUUCGUCCGAUGAGGACCCUGAGGACGUCUCGGAAGAGGAUGAAAACCAAGACACCGUCCCAAUUUCACUCGUCACCGAUAGAGUAUACGCCGCGAUGUCUGGAUCCUCGGGCAUAUCUCACUCGACUGCUGCUCCCAAGCUUGCUCGCUCUUCACGCCGCAGUCGACCGACCACACGUUCCCAACCUAGGAGACCAACUACAUCAACUCAAAAGUCUCAUAAGGGACUUGGACAACCAUUGAAAAAGCGCACGAGAAUUGAUGCUGGGGAAGAAUUGUUCUUGAAUUCUGGCGUGAUUCCUCCAUGGCCCACUCUUCCCUACCACAUACUUCUCGAUAUUUUCGUGCGAGCAUCUUAUCCUCUAGUCAAUGAACAAUUGAUGACACGCACGAAAUCCGUCAAAUGGCUCGUGGAUAUUGCCCUCUUGUGUCGCGGUUUUCUUGAACCGGCCCUCACAGCUCUCUAUCAUUCCCCGCCGUUGAUCCCAGUCGCCAAGAGCCAUGACUUGUUGAAGCUUCUUUCCAUGCCACAAGAGACGUUGGCGCUCAUUUAUUCUUCAAAGGUAAAGGAGCUCCAUGUCGAUGCUGAGACUGUUUUGUUUUAUAAAAGUGGUCCCCAGCUGGGCUACUUUGAUUUUCCUCAAAUGAUCGAAAAAACCCCCCAAGUGCAGACAGUGCGACUUUAUCACAAAGACGACUUUAUCAUCGGAGUUCCAUCUUUCAACAUUCCUCAAUCUAAGUGGACCUACCCAGAAUCUCUUUUUUCAGCUAUUGACUGGACGGGCAUCGCUCUCCGGAGUUGGGACUGGAAUGGUCGCUUCUUGAAUACCCUCGAUCUUCUCCCAUUCAUGCUGGAAAAGCACCAGCGGGCUUCAUUCCAAACACUGAAGCAUUUACGCCUAGUUCAUGUUGACGACUAUCAACGAGAUGAUACUAGUACAUUGGAGGCAACUCUUGCAGCGUCUAUUCAAGAACUCCCCCAACUCGAGAGUCUGGAGCUCAUUGAGUGUACUCUGAUAAGCAAAACAAUCUUCCUCCAGCUCCCACCCAAUCUCCGUUCUCUGAGCCUUUCCAACUGCGAGCGAGUCUUUACCGAGUCUUUGACGGAUUUUCUGAGAACUUGCGGCGGGAACCUCCAAGAACUCAGUCUAUCUCACAACCGCCACCUGACCAUGUCCUUUAUCACCAAUCUUGCAGACUACUGCCCUAAGCUCGAAAAGUUCAAAAUGGAUAUUUCAAUUCAUGACUGGUCUAGUUACAAUAACACCAAGCCUCAUUUUCAGGCUCUCUUGAGUCGAACUGAAAUUCCAACCUGGCCAGAAACUCUACAAGAGAUUGAGUUGAUCCAGCUGAAGAGGAUUGAUGCGCCCACAGCAGAGAUGGUUUUCAUGUCUUUGAUCGAUGCUGCACCGCGCUUGCGGUACUUGCGGCGGCUCACUUUAUCCGUAAUCCUUGAGAUUGCCUGGCGCGAACGUGCGACCCUUCGAGAGCGAUGGAUACAUCAAUUUGAAGCCACUUUUCUACGUCGAAGUGCUCCUCCGGAUCCCAAUUUCCGUUCACUUCGAAAACGGCCUUUGAAAAGCAUCUCCCAUACUACUGAUUCAGGGGUCUUUGCUGAUGAAUCCUCAAGACCUGGCUCCGCUGGAAGUGAUCUUCUUACGCCUUCCAAGCGCCAUAGCGUGCGUCUUGCACAACACAAGGAAUCACCGGCGCUUGCUCUCCCUCGCCAGUCGGAACCUUCCUUUUAUGGAAUGUGUGAUAUUGUCAAUGUCCGGAUUGAUAAUCAGCGACCCACUGAGACACAACUCAACGAAAACGAUUUCCUAGACGAGGAAGCUAGUGGUGACGAAGACUGGGACGGUGAUGACUGGGAGCCUGCAGACCGCCACGCAUGGUGA